UUUUUUUUAUUAAGCUAACAAAUAUAUGUAUUUAUAGUUACUUAUUCAAUGUUACUAUGGUAUUUUCAGAUAUUACUCAAAAAUCAUUAAAUCAAGUCCCUUCUAAUAUGAAUGAUACAACUAUUUGGAGUAUAGUUCCUGAAGGGUUAACAUUAGAAACAGUAUUAGAAGAUAAAUCACCAUCACCUUUUAGCUUAAAGGAUUUCUCGGACUACCUUAAACUUACUUAUUGUGAUGAAAACUUAUUAUUUUAUGAAGCUGUAAAUGACUAUAAAACUCAAUGUUCUACUUAUUUCAACUCUUAUCUUGGUCAUGGUGAGAAAAAUUCAAAAGAGGACGUUUUUAUUCCCGAAAGUAUGACAAGAUUCAAUUUUACUAGUCUAACACAAUCUACGCUUACUCCAAAGGAACAACUCUUAUUUGAAACUUUAAAGCAUAAAUUUGAAACAAUUUUACAGGAGUUCAUUUUAUCAGAUUCUCCACAAGAAAUUAAUAUUCCUUAUGAAAUACGCCAUCAAUUAUUAAAUUCAUACCAGAUUCAACAAUCUUAUCAUCCUUCUUUAUUUCACCCUGCCUUCCAAGCUGUCGUUGAAUUACUUAGAAUAAGUGCCUUUAUACCUUUUGUAACAGAUCCAAAUCGAAUUCAUUCCUUUAAUAAUAAUUCUGUUAUAUCGAAAAAAUCGACAUCAUCAUUAUUAUUAUUUAAAAGACAAAAAGGCAAUCCUUCUUUAUUAUCAACUACUUCUAUUCAUUCAAAUAAUAAUUCUUUAAUUUUACCUCCUACUCCUUCCUCCUCACCAACAACUGCCUUUACUAGUUAUAAUCCUUCAAAUAAUAAUAUCGGUUUCUUAAAGAGAAUUACAACUUCCUUUAAAAUAACUCGAUAUUAUCCAUUCUCAAAUAAUGUAAAUGAUAAUACAGUAUCUGAUCCUUACUUAACACCUACAAAGACAAUGUCUAUUCAUAUAUCUCGGCCUGUAUAUUCAACAGAUUGGCAUGAAGAAGAAGCCAAUAAUAAAAAUAUGACAAUGCCUGAAUUAUCAACUUCAUCUUUUCCUUCUUCGCCUUCGCCAUCAACACCAUUAUUACCUUCACAACAGAAUAAUAGAUAAAUUU